AUGCCAACACGUGUCUCCCGCAUGCUAUUCGACAGGUUACUGCGGUUCGCGCCUCCCGAGCCGCUGCUGCCGAUUCUUGUAGCGAAUGCCGCGGGAUUUUAUACGGGAAUCACACUCGCAGCAAUCACAGAACAACGGUACAAGGAGGCAUAUUGGGAGGAGCACCCAGGGGAGGCCGUGCCUUUAAUGCGUUCGUCCCUGUAUUUCGGCAAGUACAGAAUACGAAGGGAGGACUUUAGUGAGGAGGGGGAGGCUGCUGCUGGGAGCGGUGGUUCUGGGGCAGGUGGUGCUGGGGACGGUGAGAGCAGCAAAUAA